ACGACAAUUACAGCGACAGUCGCCAGUCCUUCUUUACGGCAAUGUGGCAACAUCACCGAGGAAGUGAGGGAAAGGCAAUAAAGAAAGAACUGUUUUCGUUUUCGCUGUUGUCGGCGUGUGUGAGUAAUCCCCUCCGUAUGUGAGGUCGUCUGAUCGGCUCGCCUAAGUGCUUCAUCCGAGCCGAUUUUACAAGCCACAUUUAAACUGGGUUUGGAAAUUCCUUUUGACCCCCCCCUUUCCCCCCGGCUUUCUAAGUUAAAUUUAAGAAGGCUAGCUAAAAGUAGCCAUCAGCCGGGUAAGCGACGCCCGUCCGCCGCGGGUUUCGGUGACAGAUUAAACCCCGACGCUGCGAUGCUGGUGACCGUUUUCUGCGCCCCGAGGGACCGCUCGGAGAUCACCUUCUCUCUGGACGUGUCUCCCGAGCUGGAGCUGCGGGACUUCAUAGCUCUGUGCGAGCUGGAGUCGGGGAUCCCGGCUGCGGAGAUCCAGAUCUCCUACGCGGAGCAGCCCCUCCAGGACCCCACGCGUGCCCUGGGGGCUUACGGCCUGAAGGACGGGGACGUGGUGGUGCUCAGGCAGGCAGAGAGGCGGCCGCCGGCCCAGCCCGCCUUUCCAGGGCUCCCCCGCAUUGACUUCAGCUCCAUCGCCGUGCCGGGCACCUCCUCCGCCCAGCCCCCACCCUCACAGCCACAGCAGCCAGAACCAAACCUGCAGCCGCAAUCUCCGCCCCAGGCCCUGGACUCCUCUCUCAUGGGUCCCGCCUCCUCGCCACAGGGAUUGGACAACCCGUCCCUUCUGCGCGACAUGCUAUUGGCUAAUCCCCAUGAACUGUCCCUCCUAAAGGAGAGGAACCCGCCAUUGGCCGACGCCCUCCUGAGUGGAGACCUAGAGCGUUUCACGAAGGUGCUGCUGGAGCAGCAGCAGGAUCGAGCACGCCGCGAGCAAGAGAGGAUACGGCUACUCACCUCUGACCCUUUCGACUUGGAGGCACAGGCCAAAAUAGAGGAGGAUAUCAGGCGGCACAACAUCGAGGAGAACAUGACGAUCGCCAUGGAGGAGGCUCCCGAGAGCUUCGGCCAGGUGGUCAUGCUCUACAUCAACUGCAAGGUCAACGGGCACCCGGUCAAAGCCUUUGUGGACUCUGGAGCCCAGAUGACGAUCAUGAGCCAGGCCUGCGCCGAGCGCUGUAACAUCAUGCGGCUGGUGGACCGGCGCUGGGCGGGCAUAGCGAAGGGCGUCGGCACGCAGAAGAUCAUCGGCAGGGUACACCUGGCCCAGGUCCAGAUUGAGGGUGACUUUCUGCCAUGUUCCUUCUCCAUCCUGGAGGACCAACCCAUGGACAUGCUGCUGGGUUUGGACAUGCUCAAGAGGCACCAGUGCUCUAUCGACCUGAAGAAGAGCGUGCUCCUCAUCGGCACCACGGGCUCGGAGACGCGCUUCCUGCCCGAGGCGGAGCUGCCUGAGUGUGCCCGGCUGGCGUACGGCGCCGAGACACGGCCGGAGGAGAUCGCCGACCGCGAGCUGGCGGAGGUGCUGCAGAGAUCCGCGCAGGAGAGCGACGUUGAAGAUGGACGAACUACCUCACAGCAGUCCUGGCCCUGGUCCUCACCGAACCAAAAUGACGAAAUUCCAGUGUCCGCCUCUCCCUUGGACCACUCCCGAUUCCCUGCCCUGGACCGUUCCAAGUCUGCCCCCGCCCUCCUGCGCCCCCCCCUGUCAGAGGCAGCGCCGAUGUCUGUGCCCAGCCCCAGCCAGUCUCAAUUUCAGGGUCUCACUGAGCCUGCGCCCACGACUUUAGUGCCAGCACAGGCUAACGUUUCCCAGCUGGGCUCCCCGUCCCACCCCCUUGGCUGCAACCCCCCAGACCCCCCCAUGUGUGCCAGUCCUGAGGGCGAGCCCUCGAGUCACUCAAACUCAGGGAAUGUCCAGUGUGGAGCACCCACAGCCAUGGAGGUCAGUGCCACCUCUGUUGCUACGGAAGAGGAAGCAGAGUCCGUCCCGCUCUCCCUUAUUGGCUGCCCUGACGUUAGCCCCGCCCCACCGCCAGAGCUAGUCCAAGAUUGCCUUCCUGAUUCUACAAAGGCUCAGCCGCUUGUUUCACUGGAAUCUCCACCUGAGCAGGAGGAUUCGGAGGCAGUCAGUCCCCAGCAUCCACUUCUGCUUUCCCUUGAUGCCAAACCGACUCCCGACACUCCUGCUGCCACCCCCGAGUUGUGUUCCACACCUGGCACCCCAUUGGCGGAAAUCGCGGACUUGCACGCGGCUACCGGAGAAGCUCCCCAGCCGGAGAGAGACCAGCCGGAGGGCGAAAGACAGCCUGGCUCGGACGGCAUGCCCUCCCUGGCUGCUGCCUUAAUGGAGCUGCACGAGCUUCUGGUAUCCAACCGCUGUACCCUGUCCCGGGAACAUAGCCCUAUCCCCUCGCCGACCUGCAGGGAAGAUGCUGAUGGGGUAGAUGAGGGUCAUUUCCCCGGGUCCCUUGAAUCGGCCUGGGAACCGACUAAUCUUGUCACUGGUGCUACUGCCAUGACCACGAUGGAAACCGGUGCAGCCAAAUCCGAGUGUGUCCCAGAUCCCAACUUAUCUUCCCUUACUCCCAUGUCUGUGGACUCCUCUGGCCAAGUGGAGAACCUGGGAAAAGAGCUGCCAGAGGAGCAGGAGGUGAGGUGCCAGGACGCGAUGGGAGAAAGUGAGGAGGCCUUCAGUAUGGUGGAGGAGAUAAGGGGGCCGGAGCCUGGGCCAUGCGUUGGUCCGCUGCCUCCGCUGGAUCUGGAGAGCAUGGAUGUCCGACAGGCUCCUGAGGGCCUUCAGGGCAGAGGCAUCGCAGAUGGGAGAGCAGCUGGCCCAGAAGCCACUGAUCUCUCACAUUUCCGAAUGGAGGUAUCGGCUGUAGACGAGCUCUCUCCUCCCAUGUCCUCCCCGUGUCAUACCUUCCCUUCUGGCGACGUGUCCGAUCCCUCGACCGCGGCUGCUGGUUCUUCUCCUCCUACCACCCUGGAAGAUGCUCCUCCUCAGCCUCCCUUCCCGCUGCCUUCUAUGCCUUCCCUAUCUCCUCCUCCUCUCCUCCCUCCCACCCCCUCAGUUGUUCCCUCUCCCCCACCUCCUGCCAUGGAGAGAUUUCCAAUUGCGCACAUCCAGAGGAUCCAGGAGGCUGGAUUCUCGGCCAGGGAGGCCGCCGAGGCUCUGGAGCUGGCCCAGGGGAUCGUGGAGCUGGCUUUGCUGCUGCUGCUGGCUCGUAAGAUCACUGUGCCCACAUAGAUUCUUGACAUCCACCCCCCAAGAACCCUGUGAAACCACACCCCAGACUUUCCCUGCAUUAGUCCAGACAUUAAGCCAUGGUUUGGACCAGGCCCAAGCCUUCCUGUCCACUCAGUAGUAUAAAUUCAAUACAAGCUCGGAGUUUUUAAUGGACAAUGAUAUGGAUAGAAGAGAAACAUGAUCAGUGGUUUUUUUAUACUAUGGUGUUUUGAAGAUUGCAUGUUGAGUUAAAUGACAUCAUUGAACAGGUAACUUUUUUGGAAGAGUUGGUCAGGUGUUUGGAUUCUGGUUCUGUCUUUAUGCAUCUUGCACAGAACAGCUCGCAUUUUCCCUUUUCUAAUAAAAAUUCUGCCCGUUGCAAAGGCGGAGUCAACGAUGAGCUGAUAGGUCAGCAGAUCUUAGAGUGGAUGUUUCAUAACGCAAAGAAAAAAAACCAAUAUGAAACGAUACGGAGAGAUUUUUUUGUAAUUCUAACGUUAGCGUAUUUAGCGAGUGGUUUACACAAGUGUCGUUCUGCGCUGCAGGAUGAUGUUUUUUUUUUUUUUUUUUUUUUUUU